AUGAUCAACGCUUUUAGGCAGGCGAUUAUCAAUGAUACUAUUUCCUUUUUUCUCUCUUUCUGCUCCUCCUUCUCCUCCACCUCUUCCUUUUUUUCCCCAUCAUCGUCAUCUUUUUUCUCCCACUCCUUCAUUCUCCUCCUGCUUCUUCUUCUUCACACCAACCUCCUUCUCAGUUUUCUUCUUCUGUUUCUUCACCCUUAUCCUUCUCUUCUUCUUCUUCUCCUUCUUCUUCUUCACACCCACCUCUUCCUUCUCCAUUUUUCUUAUUCUUAUGAUUCUUCUUCACACACUUCUCUUCCUCCUCUUCCUUCUUCUUCACAGCUUCCCCUUUCUCCUCUAUUUUUUAUAAUUUUUUCUUCACAAUCUUCUCUUCCUUCUUCUUCUUUUUCUGCUUUUCCUUCUUCUUCUUCUUCUUCUUUUUUCUUCUUCACAGCCUCUUCUUCCUUCUUAUUUUUCUCAUUCUUAUAUAUAAGAAUAAUCUUCUUUUUCACACUUUCUUCUUCCUCCUCCUUAUUCUUUCUCUCAUUACAUUUUUCACACUAUCUUCUUCCUUCUUGUUCUAACUUUUUUCACACACUUCUCUUUCUUCUUCUUUACCUUACCUUUUCACACACCUCUUACCCUUUUUCUCCUACCAAGAUUUUCAUUACCACCAUCUUUCUCAUUAUCCCUCCAAAGCUAUCGAUCAUUACUGCUAACAUCCUCAAAUCCUGUAACUCUCCCUGCCACCAGGAACAUCACACCCUCUUGCACAAACCCCUCGCUAUUAUUCCUGCCAUCAAAAUAAACACCACUGCUUCUACCAGCAUCACUUCCAAGCUCUUUAACCAUUACAUGCACAUUGUCAGCUCACUCUGCGAAUAUUUUACAGAACUUGCCAGAAGCUAUUAA